AUGGACAUUGAGACCACAACUUCUAUCGUAGCCGCUGUAUUUGGUGCAUUCAUCUUGAUUUAUGGUGUUUGCUCGCUAAUUAUUAAACAAAAAUUGUACAUUUCGGAAGCCUCCAUUGCCAUUUUUUGUGGGGUUUUAUGUGGGCCUGUCGGUUUCAAUCUGAUCAACAUGGAUGGUUGGAUCUACAAGGAAGAUAUUACAAGGCAGUUUUCUCGCAUCGUCAUAGCAAUUCAGGUGAUGGCCGCCGGUGUAUCGUUACCAAAGGCAUAUCUUAAAACGGAAUUUCGGUCACUGCUGGUAUUGCUGGGCCCUGUUAUGAUGUUUAUGUGGAUGACCACAGGUCUAUGCGUGUGGUAUUUCAUACCCAACUUGUCUUUUCUUGAAGCCUUGAUGAUUGCAGCUUGCUUUACACCCACAGAUCCAGUAUUGGCCAAUUCCAUUGUACAGGGCCAUUUUGCUGAGAAAUACGUACCUGCCAAUAUUCGAAACAUCAUUAUAGCAGAAAGUGCUGCCAACGAUGGUUUAGGAUACCCCUUUUUAUUUUUGGCCAUCUAUUUAAUUCAAAUGUCAUCUGCUACGGAAGCCGUAUUCAAAUGGUCCUGGUAUAUCAUGGGGUAUGAAAUUGGUUUCUCUAUUCUUGUAGGGUUCUUUGUGGGAUAUGUAGCCAGAAAAACUCUUAAAUUUGCCGAGAAAAGGGAUUGGAUUGAUAAAGAGUCUUUUCUGGUGUUUGCUAUUGCUCUCGCCCUUUUCUUGAUGGGCUCUGUGGGGCUCAUGGGUAGCGACGAUCUUUUGGCUUGCUUCAUUGCUGGAAACUCAUUUACAUGGGAUGACUGGUUUAGAGAAGAAACUGAAGAUUCACAUCUAUCUGAAGUCAUUGACAUGCUACUCAAUCUUAGCAUGUUUGUAUAUAUUGGGAUCACAAUGCCAUGGUCCUCCUUCAAUAAUCCAGAUACACAACUGACCAUAUGGACAUUGGUGGGCCUAGCUACAUGCGUUCUUCUCUUUAGACGACUGCCCAGUAUCGUGGCAUUAUAUAGAUACAUCCCAGCGAUAAGAGACUGGAAACAAGCCAUGUUUGCUGGUUGGUUUGGCCCAAUCGGCGUCGGUGCAUUGUUUUAUUAUACCAUUGCCAUCGAAUCUUUUCCUUCCGAUGGCGCAACCGAUUACGCUAGACAAGUUAUAGAGCCUAUCAUUUAUUUCAUGAUUUUGGCUUCUGUCGUUGUUCAUGGAUGCACUAUUCCAUUUUAUCUCUGGGGAUCUCGAGCAUCUCGUACAUUGACAAAGCCAGGUACCUCCUGUCAUAAUAUCAGUAGUGAUGUAAAGAUAUCUCCUGUAAACAGUGCCAGUUCUUAUGGAUCCACAGAGCAUAGAUCUGUCUCUGUAGUUGAGAAUACUGUAUAA